AUGAACGAUCGCGAACCGCUCGAAGAAGAGGCCGCGCUCCUCGACGCGUUGGACNAUUACAUCUCGUGGGAGGAACGGUGCGACGAACGUCUAGAGACAAUGAGAGAAGAGUGCAGUAGAAAACGCCCGCGACCGUCCAUAGGUGUGAUAACUUGGCACGUCGCUCGUAUUGCGCGACUCGAAAGUUUGCGCGCAACCCUCCGCGAACGAUUCGCGCACGUGGGCGCGGGUGUCGAGAGUGCGGGACUCGCAUGGAUCGAAGUCGAGACAGCGUUUAAAAAUCGUUUGGUGACCGGUAUUGUGGUGAACAAAUCGUUCAUCGAGCCCCGUCGAUUUCUCGAAGCCGCUAGAGACACGGUGCUCGCGCGCGUUCAUCGAGCGAUAGAGCGGCACGCUAGCAUGAAAGUGAACACAGUGUUCAACGGGAAGUUUGUCGCGGGUGAAAAAACUAGUGUAAAAUCGUUCAAUACACACAAUUGCGCAUUGUAUCACUCGUCGGAUCUGCGCGAGUGGUACAAUCGAGAUGUGAUGGAUGCAACAAUGAUCACUCUGGAGGAGUUCCAGGAACACGACAGCGGCUGGGCGUUGACGCAGAUACUGAACCUCACAGUGAACGUGAACAGUCACAAUCCGAUGCGCGCGGGAUGUCAGAUUAAAAUGCCACGCGAGGUUCAGCUCAAACACGCGGUAGUGAACGUACAAUCGCGGGACAAUGCGUGUUUCGCGUGGGCAGUGGUCGCUGCGUUGUAUCCUAGUAACAAAAACUCUAAUCGAGUGUCACAAUACCCCGCGUACGCGAGUGUGUUGAACCUUGAUGGAAUAGAGUUUCCAAUGACAUUGCGCCAAAUCGCGGGUUUCGAACGCAACAACAACGUGUCCGUAAACGUGUUCACGGCGGCGGAACAGGGACAUGGAUACGUGCCGCUGCAUCUCACAUCGAACAAGAAGGAGAAGCAUGUGAAUCUGCUGUAUGUUCCCGAUCAACACAACGGACGCGUGAGACACUUCGCGUGGAUAAAAAAUAUAUCGCGAUUAGUCAGCUCGCAGUUGAGCAAGACAAAACAAAUAAAAUACAUAUGCGACCGAUGUCUACACUACUUCUACACGAGCGAUAAGCUGGCGGAAUGGGUUCCAAUUGUGGUGUACGCCGACUUGGAGUGCGUACUCGAGAAACAGGACAAAGAGGAGAACGCAUCGAGUGCGCACAAGUACCAAAAACACAGUGUAUUCAACAUUGGUUAUUACGCGAACUGCGAGCACAUUGACAUUGGAUAUAGAUCGCAUAGAGGAGAGAACUGUGUGCGGUGGUUCGUAAACGAACUGCACGAUCUCGCGAAACGAGCAAAGACCUUGUUCGCGACAAAUGUGCCCAUAGCGAAUCUCACACCGGUGGAGCUCGAGCUGUUUAGGAACGCUAAGUGUUGCCACGAUGUGGCAACCGCUUUCGAGGGUGAGAUCAACGUGCUGUCCGUGACAAAAGAGACCUACAUAUCGUUCACGAAACAUGUGAGCAGUACUCGAGAUGAAGACAAUCAGAAGUGUGUGCAACUGCGGUUCAUCGAUUCGUACAAAUUUCUGAGCACAAGCUUAGAAAAGCUCGCGUCCUAUCUCGACAAGAGCAAACUGCGAGUGACUAGAACGGAAUUCAGCGAUCUCUCCACCGAGGACUUCGAACUGCUCACGCGAAAAGGUGUGUUUCCAUACGAAUAUGUGGACAGCGUCGACAAAUUGUUGGAAACAAGUUUGCCACCACGCGAGGUGUUUUACAGUUCGCUGACCGGUGAGACUGUGACGGAGAGCGAGUACGCGCACGCGACGAACGUCUGGCAACAAUUCAACAUCAACAAUUUGGGAUCAUACAGCGACCUGUAUCUGAAGACAGACGUACUCUUGCUGGCCGAUGUAUUCGAAAAUUUCCGUCGCGAGUGCCUCACGAGUUACGGACUGGAUCCCGCGCACUACUACACGCUGCCGGGAUAUACAUGGGACGCCAUGUUGAAGCACACUCGUGUGACGUUCGAGCUGCUGACCGACAUCGACAUGAUGAUGUUUGUGGAACGCGGCAUACGCGGCGGUCUGAGUCAAUGUUCGAACAGAUACGCCCGCGCCAACAACAGGUACGCGCAAUCGUACGAUCUAUCCGAACCGACGUCGUAUCUGAUGUACUGCAACGUUAACAAUCUCUAUGAAUGGGCGAUGUGUCAACCGCUUCCAUAUGGUAACUUUGCGUGGGUGGAGAACGCGUACGAGUUCGACGUGACAACUGUAGCAGCGGACAGCGAUGUUGGCUACAUACUCGAGGUCGAUCUGACAUAUCCAAAAGAACUGCAUGACGCGCACAGAGAUCUACCUUUUUGUCCGACGCGCGAGGAACCACCUGGUAAACAUAGAAAGAAUCACAUCAAACUGCUCGCCACAGUGUUCAACAAGAAGCGAUAUGUGAUUCACUACCUCAACCUGCAGCAGUGUCUGCGACAUGGGCUUCGUCUGACACGAAUACAUCGAGUACUGCGGUUCUCGCAAUCACCUUGGCUGCGCGGAUACAUCAAACUGAAUACCCGAUUCCGCGCGAACACCACCAACGAGUUUACAAAGAACUAUAAAAUUAUAGAAAGGCAACGUAUGCUGUUCUUAAAAACGCCGAUCAAGAUACAAAAUAAAGAUGUUAUGUGGUAG